UGUCAAGUCUAUGAUGAAGUCACGCUAAAAUUACUCUCACGAAUUCUGCUGCAAUCGGCGCAAUCUUGUAUUCUAUCAUUCUUGUAUUGGAACAUCACUAGUUAUGUUUGAUGACUUGAAUUGUGCAACACAGUGAAUGCUAAUGAACGCGAGCGAGCAAAAAUUAUAGAAACAAACACAAAAAAUCUGCUGGUCAAUCAAACUAAACUAUCGCCUGUUUAAACUGCUGGUAGACAAUAACUACAUAUUCAUACAUACAUAUGUGGCGUAAUGGUUCAAUAAUUCAUAAAUGAGAUCAUCAAAAAUAUGUUAUACAUUUUUGUGUUCGAAACGCGUAGUAAUAACUCAAAAUAUAUUUAAAUUGAAAUACCAGCUCUACAACAUUAAAAUAAAAACAAACGGAAGCCUGCAAUAAAAAGAAAUGACGCUCGGCGAAAUACACAAUAUUAACGAGUCGUCCCUGACCAAAAACCGUGAUAUGAGCUUAGCACAAACGAUUGACACACAACAUAACAAUCGGCAGCAAACAGAUAAAAUGGCGGUAGCGACAGCAAACGAGAAAAAUAACAUUAUAAAUAAACAUACAGCAGCAGCAGCGGCAGCUUCAAAGCAGAAUGACGCGACUAUUUCGUUUCUACGAGCAGCGCGGGGUGGCGAUCUGGGCAAAGUUCUGGAAUUCUUGGAAUCCGGACAGAUAACAGAUAUCAACGCAUGUAAUACGAAUGGCUUAAAUGCGCUUCACUUGGCUGCCAAAGAUGGUUACAUCGAUAUCGUAAGUGAGCUCCUACGACGCGGCAUCAAUGUGAACAAUGCCACAAAAAAAGGGAACACAGCGCUCCACAUUGCUUCACUGGCUGGUCAGAAGGACGUAAUUAAACUACUUAUUCAGUACAAUGCAAAUGUGAAUGUGCAAUCGUUAAAUGGGUUUACACCACUUUACAUGGCGGCGCAAGAAAAUCACGAUGCCUGCGUUCGUUUUCUGCUGGCGAAAGGAGCGAAUCCGUCGCUAGCUACUGAGGACGGAUUCACGCCACUAGCUGUUGCCAUGCAACAGGGCCACGACAAAGUCGUCGCGGUGCUUUUGGAAUGCGAUGUUCGAGGUAAAGUUCGUCUCCCAGCGUUGCAUAUUGCGGCUAAGAAAAACGAUGUUAACGCGGCUACAUUGCUGCUACAAAGCGAAACCAGUCCCGACAUUGUAUCCAAGUCUGGCUUCACGCCCCUGCAUAUUGCAGCACAUUACGGCAACGUUGAUAUUGCUAAGUUACUGAUUGAGCAUGGAGCGGAUGUAAACUUUACCGCAAAACAUAAUAUAACACCACUGCACGUUGCCUGCAAAUGGGGCAAAACUAAUAUUCUGGAGCUGUUGCUGUCAAAAAAUGCAAACAUAAAUUCUACUACGCGUGAUGGUCUCACACCGCUUCACUGCGCCGCACGAUCGGGUCACGUGGAAGUAAUCGAAAAAUUACUUGCGUAUAAGUCCCCUAUACUUUCGAAGACUAAGAAUGGUCUCGCUCCGCUUCAUAUGGCUGCGCAGGGCGAGCAUGACGAAGCAGCACAGUUAUUGUUAGCACAUAAGGCGCCCGUCGAUGAGGUUACUGUCGACUAUCUAACAGCGCUGCAUGUUGCAGCACAUUGCGGGCAUGUGCGCGUCGCCAAGCUGCUGCUAAAUUACAAUGCAGAUCCAAAUGCCCGCGCCCUAAAUGGGUUUACGCCCUUGCAUAUCGCCUGUAAAAAGAACCGCAUUAAUGUGGUUGAGCUGUUACUAAAACAUGGAGCCAGCAUAAGUGCCACAACAGAGUCUGGUUUAACCCCAUUGCAUGUCGCUAGUUUCAUGGGCUGCAUGAAUAUCGUUAUAUAUCUGUUGCAACACGAUGCUAUCCCCGACGCACCCACCGUUCGUGGAGAGACGCCACUGCAUUUGGCGGCCAGAGCAAACCAAACUGACAUUAUACGAAUUUUAUUACGAAAUGGAGCCCAAGUGGAGGCGCGUGCCCGGGAAGGCCAAACCCCACUGCAUGUUGCGUCAAGGCUUGGUAAUAUCGACAUAAUUAUGCUGAUGUUGCAACAUGGCGCUAAUGUCAAUACUACAACUAAAGACAUGUAUACACCCUUGCAUAUCGCAGCUAAGGAGGGACAAGAAGAGGUGGUACAGCUGCUUACAGAAAAUAAUGCGCAAUUAGAUACGGUCACCAAGAAGGGCUUUACACCCUUGCAUCUGGCAGCUAAAUAUGGCAAAGACAAAGUUGUGGCUUUGCUAUUGCAAAGAGGUGCUAAGAUCGAUUGCCAAGGCAAGAACGAUGUUACGCCGCUACAUGUUGCAGCGCACUUUGAUCACCAAAAGGUCGUCUUUUUACUACUUGAGCAUGGCGCUUCUCCGCUACUUUGUGCAAAAAAUGGCCACAGCGCAUUACACAUUGCUGCCAAGAAAAAUGAAAUGGAAAUUGUCCAGCAACUUUUACAGUACGGCGCUGAUCCUGACGUACGAAGCAAGUCCGGCUUUUCACCCUUGCACUUAGCCGCACAGGAAGGGCACGUUGACAUGACGAAUUUAUUGUUGGAGCAUGGCGUUGACGCAAAUGUGCAAGCUAAGAACGGUUUGACGCCACUGCAUCUGUGUGCCCAAGAAGAUAAAACUGCAAUUGCUCGAAUAUUGCUCGAUCAUCAGGCUAACAUAUCCGAGCGCACCAAAGCUGGCUACACGCCUUUACAUAUAGCUGCGCACUAUGGCCAAAUAAAUAUGGUAAAGUUUUUGCUAGAAAAUGAUGCUAAUAUCGAAAUGAGUACAAAUGUCGGCUAUACACCGUUGCAUCAAGCCGCUCAACAAGGGCAUACAAUGGUUAUAAAUCUAUUGUUGCGGCACAAGGCAAAUCCGAAUGCCGUUACGGAUAAUGGUCAAACUGCUUUGAGCAUCGCCAAUAAUUUAGGAUACGUCACUGCUGUGGAAACGCUGAAGGUGGUUACCGAAAAAUCAGUUAUGAAUAUCAUAACAGGCGUGUUGGAAGAGAAAUAUAAAGUUGUUGCGCCUGAAUUGAUGCAUGAAACAUUUAUGUCCGAUUCUGAAGACGAAGGUGGUGACGAACACAUAGAUCAUCAACAGUACAAAUACAUGGCGACUGAUGACUUAAAAGCAUCCGAGCAGGAUCAUCAAAACUACGACACGACCAACAAUGACGACCACAUCGAUCAUCACCAGCAAAAGCAAGUUCAACAAGUGCAUCAUACGCAAUUGACUGCUGGACGUAACAGUUUUUAUAGUGAAAAAGUCCAUGAUUUUUCGGCUUCUUCAAACCAAUACCCGAUAAAGCAGAUCGACAACGUUGCGAUAACUCGUCCACCUAUUCAUCUGGGCUUCCUUGUGUCGUUUUUGGUGGAUGCACGUGGCGGUUCAAUGCGUGGUUGCCGCCACAGCGGCGUUCGUGUAAUUGUGCCACCGAAGGCUUGUUCGCAACCAACGCGUAUCACGUGCCGUUAUGUAAAGCCGCAACGAGUUCAUAACCCGCCACCUUUGAUGGAAGGUGAAGCUUUGGUUAGCCGGAUAAUGGAAUUAUCUCCAGUGGAGGCCAAAUUUUUAGGUCCAGUUGUGUUAGAGGUGCCGCAUUUCGGUUCUUUGCGUGAUAAGGAACGUGAAAUCAUAAUUUUGCGCUCCGACAAUGGAGAUAGUUGGCGAGAGCAUACUUUAUACGAUAGUGAUCAGGAUCUACUGCAUAUAGCUAGUUUCUCGGAUGAUCGUACGGUUAAAUUAUGGGACAUUGGGACUGAGAAAACUACGCUUACUUUUGCAGAGCAUGAGGAUUAUGUGCGCGCUGGCGCGGUAAAUCCCAUGUCACCAGACACAUUAAUAUCCGGUGGUUACGACGGUAAAAUUAAGAUGUAUGACACACGUACACAAAACGUUUCGUUCAGUAUUGAUCAUGGGAGCCCAGUUGAAUCUUUGCUGUUUCUGCCAACGGGUGGUAUAUUUAUCAGCGCAGGUGGUACAGAAAUGCGUGUGUGGGAUGCUUUCGCUGGAUGUCGACUUUUAACGAAAGUAUCACAACACCACAAAACCAUUACAAGUCUACGUCUCGGUUCCAAUGGCAAGCGUAUACUUUCUGGGAGCUUGGAUCGUCAUGUCAAGAUCUAUGAUGUCGCAACAUACCAAACUGUGCACACGCUUGAUUUCCCCAACGCCGUGCUGAGUCUUGGAGUUGCGCCGGGAGAUCAAACUGUUGUGGCGGGUAUGGUAGACGGGCUUAUUUCAAUACAAAAUAUGGAAAUAGAUCGCAAUAAAGAAGCGAAACCAAAACGUAAUGCUAACAAACAGCGCCGGCUGACUUCGUNUGACAUUGUCGAAAACGCAAACUUUUUGGAUGGCAGUCAAAAAUGUUUGAACAAUAUAAAAAUCGACCGUGGUCUUAAUUAUAGGGAUUUGUUAAAUGCUGGUUUUAAGUCAACAGCAGUGAAGCCCAUUAUUGCAGCAGAAGCAGUAGUAGAUGACAAAGAGUCGGAAAUUGUUCAGGUGGCUACAUUGCAACUUCAGCCGGAUGGCGGCGACAUUAUCCACAGAGCCGAUAUUCGUUUAUCGGACAUAUGUAACAUGAUCGAAGGCGACUGGAUGCGCUUGGCCAAAGAAUUGGGUGUACCCGAGACCGAUAUCGAGAUUAUUAAUGCGGAAUACAACGAGCGGCCGUCUCAAAAGGCUAUGGUGAUGCUACGUCUUUCGCUUCGUCAACAAGGACCCACGGCAACGAGCAACACCUUAGAACGUGCACUACACAAUAUAAAUAGAAGUGACAUUGUCAAGAGAUGCAUAUUUAAUAUAGAACCUGUAAAAGAUGACUUGGAGAGAAGCAUGGCCAAAACUCAGCUGGACGAAUCUGAGUUUAAUGAGCUAGGAAUACACUUAAAUAAAAGCGCUGAAAUGCUGUAUGAUGAGAGUAAAAAAGCCCCAACAGCUACCAAUGAUAGCUCUGUCUUGCAUGAUUCUCUUCUGAGGGGAGUACAAAGAACUGAAAUUGAAAUUGAGGAAAGCAAUGAAAAUUGCAAUUUAGUGGCAGCUGCAGUAGAUAAUAACGUGUAUACAAGAAAACAUGCAGCAACCACUAAAACGCCGCCACCCACGCCAAAUGAUAUUUCGCAAUUUCACACAAGUUGCGAUUUAGACAACAUUCGGCGAAUCGCUGAAGAGCAUACGCAACAAGUAUUAGACGAAGCGCAGAGCAACAUCGAAAAUGAUGGCUCCCUUCACCAAUUUAUUCAAGGCGCAAUUGAUCACACCAUCGAACGCGAACUGAGCAAUGAAGGGGUUGGCUGGAAAGCUGUUACAACUGAUACUCUGAUUCCAGGUGCUGGAAACGAAGCUGACGUGUCGCCUAUUUGUAAACAAAAUAAGCAAGAACAUGUUAUACAGCAACAUCCGGAGGAUAUUAUAAUGCAACAAGUAAUUAAUCGAACAAGCGAUAUUAGUAUAAUUCCGCAGGUAUACGAAGGCGUUUGCUCGACAACUCAUAAACGUAAUGAUGCACUCGAACGAAAGCCGGAGGUGUUGGAAAUCGAAUUGAAUCAGCAGCAGGCAGAAGAUGUGUUGCUUAGACAGAUUGUAAGCAAAAUGAAUGAGUUACCAAUCGACAUGGACAAUGCGUUAGAAUACGUCGACUCCUCGGAAGCUAUACCUUCAGAAUCUGUAUGCAGUGGUGAAAUGAUACAGAACACACUGUUAAGUACACAUGAUCCAAAUUUUACCUCUGCACUUAUAGCAGGAGACGGGGAUAAUAUUGAUAACGGGUUUGAACACGCAGUGCACGAACAAAAUGUAUUGCUGCAGAAUCAGCCGGCAACGAGAUCUGAAAGUAUAACAGACGGCGCACCAAUACACAAUAUAGACAAAUCGUUAAAAGCUGUUGGUAUAAAGAAGGAUUAAAGUUGAAAGUAAUGCUAUUUCAGUUACAGUUUAAAUGAAAAUGGAAGCUCAGUGCAUACAGUAAGCUUAAAGAGAGAAAAAUUUACAGUCGUUAAAGCAAAUAAAGUUGACACAAUGUUAAAAAGUACUACAAAAUAAAUUUAAUAUAAUACGACAAAUGUAAAAUUAUAGUUUACAAUGCACGAUAUAAAUUGUUAGCUUGUAUUAAAUGAAUGUAAACCUUGUCAAGCAAUAGUGAAAAGCAUAGAUUUUCAUGUACAUACAUAUAUAUAAAAUUUCCAUGACUAUUUUAUUACAUUCAGUCCCUUGAAUAAUUAGCACAAACGAUAAUAGUUUAAAUACUGAAUAACAACGUCAAGUAGCCUGGGUUGAAUGGUCUUAUUAUAAAGUAGUAUUCUCUGUUUAGCAAGCAGUGUUUGUACUAAUUUCUGCAGUAAAUUUUAUAAAACCUUCAUACAAUUGAUACCCUGCAAAAUUUUGGCUAUUCAUCCAUAAGUAUUAUGUCAAAGGAUACUUCACGUAUUAUUUAUUCUGUCAUUUGAAAAAAUAUAUGAAAAUGUCGAUACAGAUACAAAUACAGAUACAAAAAAAU